GGUUUUUCCCCCUUUUAGCCAGCGCGCUUCAAACGUUCGAUGAAAUGCCUGAACCAAACCCCGUUCGGUUUAAUCUCAACUCUCGAGUUAUCGAAAGUGGUCCAGACCGUUUGAGGCCGUAGCGGCCCGUUGGGUCAUCUCUUACGUUAUUUUUUGUAUGAUGAACGAGCCCGAGAAGAAGUUAAGCCCGACUUAUGGCCCAAUCCGGCCCGGCUCGGCCCGUAUCCUCUCUCUCCUCUUCCUCAUUGUCUCUCUCCCGCCUGUUCUUCCUCUCCCGCAAUCUUCUCUGCAAAAUUCUCAGGCUCCAGUGCACUUCGUUACUCUCUCGCUCUUCUCUUCCAACAGGCUUUCUUCUAGGGUUUUCGGGCUCUACCCUCCGCCAUUGGCUCUCCCUCUCAGUUCGCAUUUGCCACCGGACGCUUUGGCUGCUCCCGGAUCUUUUUCGGCUAUGGAGACCGACGAAGGGUCGCGGCACGUGCUUCCCUUUCAGCUUCAGUUCGACAAACCUCUGGCUUCUCAGGUUCGGCUCCGGUGAAGAUGGCGGAGUGGAAUCCGGAGAAGGAUUUGCUGGCGAUGGUCACGGAGGACUCGAAGGUGGUGCUUCAUCGCUUCAAUUGGCAGAGGCUGUGGACAAUCUCUCCCAGUGGCUUUAUCCAAGGAUCUUUGUCAUUUGAUGGUUGCAUGCUCAGGAGAACUUGUUGAAGACAUUGUUGAAUCGAGAGUGGGGUCAAACGGUUGGAAACAGAAUGCAUGGCUUCCAUUGCUUAGUGCUUGAUACUUCAAUAUUCCAAUAGAGUAAAAAUGAACUUCAUCAAGUUGCUCAACAGGCUUCCAACAUCGAAGAUUUACUUCAUGUCAUCUGGACAUCAUUAUGAGUCAUGCACAAGCUGUGGGCUGAUGUCAUGAACAUAUUUCAUGAGAAGUUUGAUUUGUUAACAAGCCUUAUUAAUGACCAUGGUUAGUGGUCCUGUUAAAACAGAGCAGUAGAUGGCUUUCCAUUGUGCUUCAUUUGACUGUUUCUGUUUGCUUAUCUAGGUCUUGACUCUUCUCCUCAGGAGGAAUUUUUGAGUCUUCUAGGUGGUGCUAGGACCAGUCCUGCAGUCCAUCAGUUCCUUGUUAAUUCUCUGGGUGAAGUGGUACGGCUGUUUUUUUUUUUUUUUUUAAGUUCCAGUGUCACUGUAGGACUUCUGUUCUUUUUGGUUGGUUUUUAUAAUCUUAGUCUGCUAGUUUGUUCAAUGGUAGGGUAUCAAGCGUGUAUCAAAAGUUGCCUGUGGUGCUGAAAAAGAACUUGAGCUGGUUGUCCU